UGUGGCUUUCUGUUGUGGUGCAUGGCUCCAAGUCCUUCUAAUGGGGCAGAAUUUCUCUAUCACCGAAUUAUCCGGCCGUUCUUCCUGAAGCAUGAGGCUCAGCUCGACAGUGUGGUUAAAGACCUGAAGGACAAGGCUGCAGAGACUGCAGAUACCAUCACUAAAGAAGCCAAAAAAGCAACAGUGAACUUACUGGGUGAAGAAAAGAAAAGCACUUAA